AGUAGUAAAGAUGGCGGAGAACAGUGGCACGGAAGAUGCUAACGUAACUAAAAAUGUUGCUCCCGGUGGCUCUUUGAUAGUGGUCACUGUCAAAACCCCCCAAGGAAAAGAGGAAAUUGCGAUUUCGGACGAUUCUUCUGUCGCCCAGUUUAAACAGGAGGUAUCCAAAAGAUUUGAGGCCAAGCAGGACCAGCUGAUGCUGAUAUUUACAGGAAGAGUUCUGAAGGAUGGUGAUACUUUAAAGCAGCAUGGUAUCAAAGAUGGGCACACUGUUCAUCUUGUUAUCAGGGCUGCCCCAAAAUCAACAGGUGGCAGUGCAUCUCAGACAAGUUCCAGUUCUGCACCACCUCAACAAAACUCCAGCAGCGCCAACCCCCCUGUAGCAGACAGCACAAGAGGUGCCGCGAGUCAGACACCAACACAGCCUUCGAAUGCAAUGAGUGGACUGGGUGACCUGUCCGGCUUGUUGGGUCUCGGCAUGGGUUCAUCCAGCUUCAUGGAGCUACAACAGCAGGUGCAGAGACAGCUGAUGUCCAAUCCACAGAUGCUGUCACAGAUCAUGGGGAACCCUCUAAUCCAGAACAUAAUGUCCAACCCAGGCAUGAUGAGACAGAUGUUUGCGGGCAAUCCUCAGAUGCAGCAGCUCAUGGAACGAAACCCUGAUGUCUCCCGCAUGCUCAACAACCCUGAGCUCAUGAGACAGAUGCAGAAUCCUGAAACACUUUCUAUGCUGACCAACCCAAGAGCCAUACAGGCCCUCGUACAGAUCCAGCAGGGCCUGCAGACAUUACAGGCCGAAGUUCCGGAUUUCAUGUCCAGUUUGUCUCCACGAGGUCUGACAGUUCCUCCAACCACAGGAGGCAGUGUCCCUCCAGAGAACCAUUCCGCUCCUGCCAUGGCAUCAGGAUCCAGUCCCUCACAGCAGCAGCUCAUGCAGCAGAUGUUACAGAUGUUUGCAGGCGGGGGGGCAUCACUUCAGUCCCCAGAGGUUCGUUUCCGUCAGCAGCUUGACCAGCUCAACGCCAUGGGCUUCAUCAACCGCGAAGCCAACCUGCAGGCACUCAUCGCUACAGGAGGGGAUGUCAACGCAGCCAUUGAGAGACUACUGGCCUAAAUGUUCAGUUCAUUUUGGCAGGAAGAUUAGUAGAGUUGGGAACUGGCACGGGAAAUUUUUAAAAAACUAAAUGAAUUGAAUAUAGUCCUCCAUUACAUUUAAAUCUGACCUGACCCCCAGAUAGAUUAAGGGGUGUUCUAAUCACUUGUGGUCUCUUCAGCUGAUUUGUAAACUAUAAGGAUGCAAAGGGAGGUUAGUCUCUAACACAUCUAGUCUUGUGCUAAAUGCUGUAGAAGUACUGCUUCUGUGGAAUGAUGCCACGACUCUCAGUGCCAUUGGGUUUUUCCUGCUAGUGCAGCUGAAGAUGAUUUCUGGCAUGACGAGUGCUCCUUCACUUGACUUCUGCAUGAGGUUACCAAGAAGUUAAUGUUUAAUACUCGUUUUUACAUUAUUUAAUUCUAAAAGAUUUUAUUUAGGUUGUUAUAUUAGAGAGUUUUUAAUCUGGAUGGUUGUUGCAGUAGGUUGGGUGUUGUUCUUUUGUGUUUUCUAUCUGGACAGCCAGCUUGUCUUCAACAUCUUUUUUUUUUUUUUUUCAACCCUCGAGCCUUAAUCUUCCCUGGUUGAGUGGUAUUUAUUAAAUUCUAUUACCUUAUCUUCACAAGAUUAUUAUUUUUUUUUUUUUUUUAUCCUGACAAAUUCUUUAAACUUUGUGUUUUCUUUCCCCAAACUAAAUACUUAAUCUGAUUUGUUGUUUUAACUGCUUCCUAAAUGUUUUCAGGAAGAUGAGAAAGUGAACGAUUUCAGAUUGUAGGACCAAGGCUAUGGUAUGACUAGAAUAGAGUCAAACUAUACAACAAUAUAAACUGUAAAGAAAUGGAAAAAUUAAGCUAUACCCAGACAUGUAUCCCUGUAAUAUCUCUGGUUAUAUUAGUCCUUUGCUGGCAACAUUGCCAGAUUAUAUUAUUAUUAUUGGACUUUCUCUGAUGUGUCAGGUUUUUCUUUCACAGAAUUAGCCAGAAAAGUAAUUUCCAUCUGAUUAUGAAUAUCACUGAAUGCAACUGAAAACAAGCCAUUUUACUAUAACAUGGUGGUGUUUUUCCAUAUAAGCAAUGUACUGGUGAAAUAUAACUGUUGGGAUAUGCAAUAUAUUGCAAAAUGAUCUGUGAAAUCUAUUAUUGUAUGUCUACCUAUUGACUUUUUUUUCAACCAAAUAAAUUAUUUGCAAUA